UAAAAAGAUUGACUAUAACUACAUAGGACACUCCAGUGGUGUCCAUAUUCUACAUCUAUAUAUUUUCUACAAGCUGCAAGCUUACCCCCCACAAUUAUUCAUCAUGAACCCUUUAGAUCCAAAAGAAUUCGGGAGGCAAGGGCACAUGAUAAUUGACUUCCUUGCUGAUUAUUACCAGAAUAUUGCUAACUAUCCAGUCUUGAGUCAAGUAGAGCCUGGUUAUCUCAGAAAACUCAUGCCUUCUUUUGCCCCCCUCAAUCCUGAACCAAUUGAAACCAUCCUUCAAGAUUUGCAUCAACACAUAAUCCCUGGCAUAACACACUGGCAAAGCCCUAAUUACUUUGCUUACUUUCCCUCCAGUGGCAGCACUGCAGGGUUUCUGGGUGAGAUGCUGAGCACAGGAUUCAACUCGGUGGGGUUCAAUUGGGUGUCUUCACCAGCAGCCACAGAGCUAGAAAACACUGUCAUGGAUUGGCUUGGCCAGGUGCUGAAUCUCCCUAGGGAUUUUCUCUUUUCAGGUAGUGGUGGAGGUGUGUUGUUAGGUACGACUUGUGAGGCCAUUUUGGUCACACUAGUUGCUGCUAGAGAUCAAAUACUUAGCCAAAUUGGUAGAGAAAACAUAGGGAAGCUAGUUGUUUAUGUCUCUGAUCAAACACAUUGUGCUGUUCAGAAAGCUGCUCAUGUAAUAGGAAUUCACCCCACAAAUUUGAGGGUCAUCAAGACUAUGAAGUCAACUUCAUUCACUUUAUUGCCAGAACCAUUGUUAUCUGCUAUUCAAACAGAUGUUCAAAAUGGGUUGGUUCCUUGUUAUGUUUGUGUCACUGUGGGCACAACCUCAACCACUGCAAUUGAUCCACUAGGACCACUGUGCAAGGUGGCAAAAGAAUAUGCCAUGUGGGUCCAUGUUGAUGCUGCUUAUGCUGGAAGUGUGUGUAUUUGUCCCGAGUUCAGACACUUGAUUGAUGGAGUUGAGGGUGCAAACUCGUUUAGUCUCAAUGCUCACAAAUGGUUUCUAACUAACCUAGAUUGUUGUUGUCUUUGGGUGAAGGAUCCAACUUCUUUGGUGAAGUCCCUAUCAACACAUUCAGUGUACUUGGAGAACAGUGCUUCUGACUCAAAGCAAGUGGUGGACUACAAGGAUUGGCAGAUAACCUUGAGCAAAAGAUUUCGUGCACUGAAAGUUUGGCUUGUUCUUCGAAGCUAUGGUGUUGCUAAUCUUAGAAGUUGGCUCAGAAGCCACGUUGAAAUGGCCAAAACUUUUGAGGAGUUAGUGAGGCAGGAUAAGAGGUUUGAGAUUUUUGUACCUAGAAAUCUUGCUUUGGUCUGCUUUAGGCUUAUACCAUCAGCAGUUGCAAAGAUUGGUAAUGGCAAGGUCCAAAAUGGACACCUCAAAACCGAGGAUGUUGCAAAUGAAAUCAAUCGUAAGUUGCUUGAUUCCAUCAAUGGUUCAGGCACUGUAUACAUGACUCAUGCUAUUGUUGGAGGGGUUUUCAUUAUUAGGUGUGCCAUAGGAGCAACUUUAACUGAAAAAAUGCAUGUCAUCAUGGCCUGGAAGGUGGUGCAGGAACGUGCAGAUGCUAUUCUAAACUACAGGAAAAUGAAUUCUUCUUAAUUUCUGCAAUUAGUAGAAUCCAAUUGUUCAGAAACUUUGUUGGUUUUUAGUGGUUGGAAAACAAAGUUUGCUUUCGAUGUGUUUAAUCCAAUUGUUGUUUUUGUCUUGCAAAUUAAUUGCAUGUACGUAUCUAUUGUUAUCCUUCAUACCAAGUUCCGACUAAUAAUGUCA